ACCUACUUUGUAAACGCACCAAUUUCCAUAUAAUUUUCAGAUAAAGAAAAAUGAUUUACUACUUUCCCAUCAAAGUUGACCACUUCUGUCUGCAUCAAUUAUUCGUGAAGCGACAUCCACAUAGAAUCGAUAGUGAAAUGGGUCACUGUCAUAAACACAGCCGUUUCUUACGGACCAUUACACACGUGACCAUUCAGGCGUCCAUAUACAUCAUUUACCAUCACUUGAUACCAUCGGUUCCUUGACAACUGCUGAAUCCAAAACAGUUGGCUAUAGAACAAUUUUGCAAAAACAAACGACUGUCGUUACCUUGCAAAAUAGUACAAGAACAGCCAAUAGAAAGAUUUUGGAAAACAAAGGACAAUCGCAAAUUCCAAAUUCGAGCUUCAAAUUAGACCAAUCAGAUCCUUGUCUUAAAAACAAGAUCGAAAAUGAAGCAUCAGCAGGUGAGCGUGGACUACUGGGCGAUGUUCAAGAGCAUGGCGAUGUAUGGGGUGCUGACAGUCUUGGGGUGGAUGAUGCUGAGGCUGUUCAAUGCCGUGUUCUCGCUACCAAGGAGGUUGAGGACGCAGCAGGAGAAUAUACAGGCUACGUUGGAGGAGUUUCAGAGGCGGUAUCCAGACCUAAACGUGACAGAAGAAGACAUAAAGAACGCUGAGAAGGAACUAGAAGAAUGGAAUAAAGAAAUGGAUGAAAAACUCAAAAAAGAUAAUGCAAAUGACGAAGAAUCUGAAAAAAGUGAGAAACCACCAGCUGUUGAAGGUUCAGACAAGAAAACUAUAUAAUUGUAUGAAGGCCUUUUGUUUUCAAGGCUACUCGUAAUAAGUCGUAAUGUACCAGUAUAAGUUGAUACGCCUCUCUAUGAAACUUGCGCAAUACAUAAGUUCAGGUGAAAAUGGUUUGUAUAUGAUGGGUUUAUAUUGAUUACUAUUGUUUACGAUUGAUAAAGGUAUUGUGUAUCUAUUGAAUGAAUGUUUCAGUUUGAAUAUGGAUUUAAUAAACUUAGUCAAUAUUAACUGUAGUUUCAUACCUACAAAAUACGAGGUGUUUUAUGCCUUCGA